AUGGUCCUGGUGGAAGGGCCGCCCUUGAGCAAGUGGACAGGGGUCACGGAAGCCUUGUGCCAGGCGGCGGCUGAGUCAAACCAUCUGACCAGGCUUGGCUCUGGUCUGGCAGACGGCGCCUACUCGCCAGCCCGAGGCGCCCGGCCGGUCGGGCGCCCCCGCCUGUCGGCCAUGGAGCCGGGCCGCGCGCCCGCGAGCGCGCCGCCGCCGUUCGUGCGCGUCGCGCCCGCGCUUUUUCUGGGGAGCGCGCGCGCGGCAGGGGCCGCAGAGCUGCUGUCGCGCGCGGGCAUCACGCUGUGCGUCAACGUCUCCCGCCAGCAGCCGGACCCGUGCGCAUCCAGCGUGACCGUGCUGCGUGUGCCCGUGUUUGACGACCCGGCCGAGGACCUGUUCGCGCACCUGGAGUCCACCUGCGCCGCCAUGGAGACCGCGGUGCGCGCUGGCGGCGCCUGCCUCGUCUACUGCAAGAACGGCCGCAGCCGCUCCGCCGCCGUCUGCACCGCCUUCCUCAUGCGGCACCGCGGCCUCAACCUAGCGCAGGCCUUCGAGGCGGUCAAGCGUGCCCGUCCCGUGGCUGAGCCCAAUCCAGGGUUCUGGUCUCAACUCCAGAGGUUUGAGGAUCAGCUGCGGUCUCAGACGCCACCAGGUAGAGUGCUUCCCAGCCAGGACCGGCCCCUGGAGGGUGCAGACAACCUCUGGGCUCAGACACAGUUUCCUGACCACCCGGGACCUGAAGACCCAGCCGUUGGGGAAAAGGGGAAGGCAGGCAUGUCCCCUGUGUGCCGAGGCCAUGUGUCGCACCACCUCCCCAUGAGCAUGGUCAAAUGUCCUAUCCUCUGGACAGGAAGGGUCACCUGCUUCGCCUCCUGGGCUCCGGGGGCCGAGUCCGCCUGCUGCCCGCUGGCCUUCCGGGUGGACCCGUUCACCGACUACGGCUCCUCGCUCACCGUCACGCUGCCGCCGGAGCUGCCGGCGCACCAGCCCUUCCAGGUCAUCCUGCGCUACACCUCUGUCGACGCCCCCGCUGUGAGUCUGCCUGAGAUCGCGGGGUCGGGGCACCUGCAGAGGGGGCAGCCUCAGCCUCCAGCCCGGGCGCUGGUGCUCAGGGAGCCCUUUAAGCCUGAGUCUGUGGACAGUGGGGACCCGGGAGCGCUUGUCACCCUGUCGAAGAGGCAGGAACAGCUUCUGGUGGGUGCUGCUGAACCAUCUGCCACGCUGUACCUGGACUGA